GCCCCUAGUCUAUAUGAAGCGGUGUUGAUGCACAGCGUCAGUCUUCAGUCUCACCAGGUAUAACCACGCGGUACAUCAUGAAUAUUGCUAUUUUUGUAACCCUACUCUGUAUCGUUGGGGCAUCAACAUCAAAGGCAACACUACAACAUAUAUCAGAUAAAGUGGCAACACACAUAAAGACAUUGACAGAAAAAGCUGCGACCACAAUACACAAGCUCGCAUCCGAUAUAGAUCCAAAAAAACUGGAGCAAUUGGAUUUAUUACAACUAUUUACAAAGAAACUAGCGAAGAAACCACAUCCUGAACUUGUAAUUAUUGAUCCGUACCAAGUGGAUAGAUUAAAGUAUUACUUUGAACAUGCUCAUGGUCACAAGAAACCUGUACCACAUGUAACUCCAAUUCCGCCAAUAAGACAUCCACCGCCUGUACCACAUAAGCAGUAUGGAAUACCACACUAAUUAGUUAUAUAUAAGUUCUAUAGCGUCGUAUGUGAAAAAACAUAUUAUUAUCUCCGUUUCAUCGAAUAGAAUGAAAGGAAUGGCAACAUCUUUUUGCAGUGUCAAAUUACGGUUACAAAUUCAUUAUGUAACUUCAAACUUUCGUGGUUUUUACUAAUAUAAUGUUCGUAAGAAUCGGGAUUCUUACCACGA